AUGCCUUUGUUCAACAAGUUAUACACCCAAGUCCAGAAAGGCGCCUUAUGCAAGGCCUUUGGGAUCCGCUUAGUCACUGAUCCUGCGGUAGUGCAACUUGCCAAGAAUGGUGGAUUUGAUGCUCUAUUUGUCGAUUUGGAGCAUUCGACACUAUCACUUCGAGAUGCAAGUGCCAUAUGCGCUGCAGGAUUGCAAAACCACAUCACGCCAUUCGUUCGAGUACCUUACCAAUGCGGAUACGGCUUUGUCCAGCGAGUACUAGAUGGCGGCGCAAUGGGAAUUGUCUUUCCACACAUUCACACUCGGGAGGAUGCUGAGGCUGUGGUCAAAAUCUCCAAAUAUCCGCCCCUGGGAUGUCGGUCUAUGACAGGCCAACUGCCCAUCUUCGGCCUUCGACCGACCCCUAUCGACACGAUUGUCAAAGAAACAAACAAUCAAGCAUCCAGCGUACUUCUCAUGAUCGAAACCAAAGAGAGUAUCGAUCAUCUGGAUGAAAUAUCAUCAGUCGACGGGGUUGACGUGCUUCUGGUCGGAUCUAACGAUCUUUCGGUCGAGCUCGGUGUACCGGGCCAAUUCGACACCCCCGAAUUCCGAACUGCGCUGGAGAAGGUGAGUCAUGCUUGUCACAGGCACAAGAAGAUAUUUGGACUGGCGGGCAUCUACGAUGCGCCCGAGAUCCAAGGUUGGGCCGUGAACACUCUGGGAGCUCGCUUUAUCCUGGGACAGCAGGAUUCCGGACUGAUUGCAGGAGGCAGCAAGAAAUGCGCCGAGAGCUUGUCCCGAAUUUGCGAGUUCUAA